AAAGCUCCAGUGAAUAUAAACGGAAUUACUGGCGAGAGAGCUGGAGACCAACUUACCACUGAACCCAUUCCUUUUCCAAGAUCAGAGAAAAAAAAUUAACAGGAACCAUUUCUCAUUCCGAUAAAAAUUCAAGCUGUGACAUUGUAAACCACAGACGAAUUGGAGCCUGGCAUUGAAAGGAGGUGUUCUGCGAGAGAUUUUCCUCCUUGUCUGAAGAAGUUGACUGCUACAGGGAAUCUGAAAAAUGACAGGGGCUAAGAGAAAAAAGAAAAAUGUACUGUGGAGCAAGUUUCACACUCCCCACUGUGAAGACAUCAAAUGCUGGUGUAGAAAGCGGCUGCCUAUUUUGGAAUGGGCACCACAUUACAAUCUGAAGGAAAACCUGCUUCCAGACAUCGUGUCUGGGAUAAUGUUGGCAGUUCAACAGGUGACACAAGGAUUGGCCUUUGCUAUUCUCUCCUCUGUGCAUCCAGUGUUUGGCUUAUAUGGGUCUAUGUUUCCUGCCAUCAUUUAUGCCAUAUUUGGAAUGGGACGUCAUGUGGCCACAGGCACUUUUGCCCUGACAUCCUUAAUCUCAGCCAAUGCUGUGGAGAGACUGGUCCCUCCAAGCAGCCAGAACCUUACCACAUACAAUCACUCCAGUGUGCUGGGCUUGUCUGACUUUGAGAUGCAGAGGAUUGGAGUUGCCGCAGCAGUUUCCUUCUUGGCUGGUGUGAUACAGGUGGCCAUGUUUGUCCUACAACUGGGCAGUGCUACAUUUCUGGUUACAGAGCCUGUGAUCAGUGCGAUGACAACUGGAGCUGCCACCCAUGUCGUGACUUCACAAGUCAAGUAUCUCUUGGGAAUAAAAAUGCCAUAUAUAUCUGGGCCACUUGGAUUUUUUUAUAUUUAUGCAUAUGUCUUUGAGAACAUCAAGUCAGUACGCCUGGAAGCUCUGCUCUUGUCCUCGCUGAGCAUUGUUGUCCUGGUACUCGUCAAAGAGCUGAACGAGCAGUUUAAAAGGAAAAUUAAAGUUGUCCUUCCUGUCGAUUUAGUUUUGAUUGUUGCUGCAUCACUUGCUUGCUAUUGCACCAAUAUGGAAAACACAUAUGGAUUACAAGUAGUUGGUCAUAUUCCCAAAGGAAUACCUCCACCUCAAGCUCCCCCAAUGGGUAUCCUGUCAGCAGUCCUCACUGAAGCCUUCGGAGUGGCACUUGUAGGCUAUGUGGCCUCCCUGGCUCUUGCUCAAGGUUCUGCCAAGAAAUUUAAAUAUUCUGUUGAUGACAACCAGGAAUUCUUGGCCCACGGCCUGUGCAACGUGAUUUCUUCAUUCUGCUUCUGCAUACCCAGUGCUGCUGCCAUGGGAAGGACAGCUGGCCUGUACAGCACAGGAUCGAAGACUCAGGUGGCUUGUCUAAUCUCUUGCAUUUUCGUCCUUAUAGUCAUCUAUGCACUAGGACCUUUGCUAUACUGGCUGCCCAUGUGUGUUCUUGCAAGCAUUAUUGUUGUGGGACUAAAGGGAAUGCUAAUACAGUUCCGGGAUUUGAAAAAAUAUUGGAAUGUGGAUAAAAUUGAUUGGGGCAUUUGGAUCAGUACUUACAUAUUUACCAUAUGCUUUGCUGCCAAUGUAGGCUUGCUGUUUGGUGUAGUCAGUACCAUCGCUAUAGUGAUAGGACGUUUCCCAAGAGAAAAGACGUUAAGCAUAAUAAAUAUGAAAGAAAUGGAAUUUAAAGUGAAGACUGAAACAGAUGAUGAAACCCUACAACAGGUAAAAAUCAUCUCAGUAAACAAUCCACUUGUUUUCCUGAAUGCAAAAAAAUUCGGUGCUGAUGUAAUGAACCUAAUCCAAAAGGAAAACCAGCUGCUUGAUGAUAUCAACAAGUGUGAACAAAACACAUUGCUCAGUUCUCUGUCAAAUGGCAACUGCAAUGAUGAAGUGGCACAGCCCUGCUCUAGUGAGAAGUGUUCUUUAGUCUUGGAUUGCAGUGGCCUGACCUUUUUUGACUAUUCUGGAGUAUCCAUGCUUGUCGAGGUUUACACGGAUUGCAAGGGCAGGAAUGUGGAUGUAUCACUAGCCAAUGGCACAGCCUCCUUGAUAAAAGCAAUGACGUACUGCGGAAACCUGGACUCAGAGAAACCAAUUUUUUUUGAUUCAGUAUCUGCAGCCCUAAGUCACAUCUACUCAAAUAAGAAUUUGAACAAACUCAGUGACCACAGUGAAGUGUGAGGCCCACCUAUUCCUGUCUGUAUCUUGAUUUUGGUAUCCGGCCUGAAGAAAGAGCACAUACUGGCAUUUUGCACAAUGUUUUUUGUACAAACCCUGCAUGUGACCUCUGCUACAAUAAGAAUGGGGUGGCUUAGUCACUGCAUUGCCACUGGUCAAGCUUUGUCAACACUUUUUUUUUUUCCUUUUCCUUUUUUAGUAAGCAGAUUCAUUUUGUUGUUUGAUAAAGAAAUGCACAUGCAUUUAGCUAGAGUAAACUGAGAAUAUACAUGACUUCUUUGCUUUAUCACAGCAUUGUAUAUUGUUUCACAACUCUUCUGCUGUAAGCUGAUGUUGAAAACUGAUAAGCACCUUCAUCCUAAUUGAUUUGAAAUAAUUACAAGCCAUUUGUAAAUGCUAUGAACAUGAUAUUCACAGAAAUAGAGCACCAAAAUAAUGGCAAGCUAUAAAUUCAUCUAUCUUCAUAUUUUCAACACAUUCACCCUGAAAGCACUGAAAAAGGUCCUCACAUUAGGAAGAAAACAGUAGUAGCUCAAUAAAACCAAGGUUUAAACAUUGGUCUCUUUGGUUGGAAAUAUUAGAAAAUUCUUAGGAUCUGCGCACCAAUAUGCCCUAGUUUCCACAUUGUCUAUCCCGAAGCUCUGUUUUCUGCUUCAAUUUUAUUGAAGCCAGAAAAUGUGGAAAUUCUACCUUGCAUUUUUUUCACAAAUAGGAUGCUUACAUGAGAAAGUACCACUAAAUAGGGUAUCUUUGUGUACUUUUUGUUGUAGUAAUUUUGGAUUUUAUUUCAGAGACAAAGUUAACAAAACAUAUUAUGUUUUAUCUAUCCAUACCUAAUUAGACAGAUAAACAAGUGAGAGAGCUUAUAUGUGAAUAUCGGUAAACUUACCAGGCCAACAAGAUAAUCAAUGAACUCUAAUGGCUUCUGUAUAAGUUAUUGUUUGCAUGCUUGGACAUAUAUAUUUCCAAUUGCAUACAAAUAUACAGGCUCAUGUUUUUAUCUAACAACAUGUCUUACCCAGGAAAGAAAAAUAUUUUCAUAAAUAGGCUUCUAAUUGUGCUGUAGCCUUAAUAAUGUUUUUAACUGCUUUAGAAAUUGCCAAUAUAAGAAACUGUAAGGUAUUUUAAACUGAGAUGGAUAAACAAAUUGAAAAUAACAUUAAUAGACUAGUCAUUUAAUGUCUUUCACAGGCAUCUGUAAGAAGAAAUCUCAGGGCUUGUGUGGAUGGAAGUAAUGCAGAACAAAUGUGUGAUAAGCAUUCACACGGUUCUUAAUUUUAACACUAAAUCCUUAGUAGGACAAUGUAAUGAAAUCUAGGAAUAGUAAAUUUUCCCCAGAAGUUAAUCAUUUUAAUUAUUAUUGAAAUGAAUAUGAAGAAUGAUCUUAGAUGCUUCAUCACCAGUACAAAUUAAUAUGAGCAAGGCUGGCUCAUAUUUUCAUCAAAUACUAUUUCAGGGAAAGUUGGAUGUAAUAUUCUCUACUUUGUCUAAUUGAAUUAUUGCAGUGGUGGAUGGUGCUAAUAUUCACCAUCUCUAAUCCAUUGGUCACUGGAAAAUAAACAUGAGUCAAGGAAAGUCAAGAAAAGAAAAUAUAUUUUGAUAUGUGUAAAAUGAUAUUUUGCCAUGCAAUUUUGGCCUAUAAUUGAAUUCAUGCAUUGCAGACCAUUUUGUAAUUUGUUAGAGAUCAUGAGUCAUUCAUAAUAGUUAAUCGAUGGAUAGUUUGUUUUAUUUUACUGUUAAUGCUGACAAAAUAUUAUCUGUGCAGUUGCAUUUGGAAGCAUUUCAAUGUGUAGAGCUCAAGUUUAGUAACAUUUGAAAAUCAAUAACCUGAGUGUCAGAUGUUAAUAUUGUAUUUAAUGAAAGGAAAACCAAAGCAUGCACUAUAUAAAGUCCUGUUGUAGCUUGUCCCUGAGAUCAAGGCCACAAUGAAUAUUGGUAUGAAGGAAAGCUCCAAAAUUCAAGUCCUGAGUCUGAAACUGAAAAUGAGAUUUAGACUCGCAAGAUUAUAAAACAUCAAUGUUUAUUUUAAAACAGAAAUCACAACAUAAGAAUGAAAAUAUGGAG